CAACACUGAGGGCGCACGGAUAUCUCGCCUCAGCUGAGUAGGCGACCUCCUACCGACUUACUUCACGUCACCCCGCCCGUCUGCCUGCCGUCUCCUCCCUAAAACCUUUGCUGCGACCAUCCCUCUGAGCGACUCUGGGCUGAGGGGGAGAAAAGAAACUGAGAGAGACAGAGGGGAGAAAGUGUGUGAGAGAGAAAUACAUGCAGACUCCAAACAUCACCUAGACUACCUGCUCCGUCCAGCACAACAAGGAGGAGGACGCACAAGUGCAGGCGCGUCCAUGCGUGCCAACCGAACAAGACAAUAAGCGGGCAAAAGGAACACCAAUCCAAAAAAUUGGACUAAGAGUUCAUCUUGAGAACUCUUUGGAAAAGAGCACAGCUUUUGCUACAAGAACAAAGACAGCCUAAAUGAGUACAUGGUAAGAAGAACCAUGCAUCUCAACAGAGAAGAAGAUAACAGCAAAGGCUCAGUGUCUCUCAGUGUGUUCCUGGUGUCUGUUGCAUCUGUAGUAUGUGCCGUUUGGCUGGUAGCUCUAUGUGGCGUCUGCACCUGGUGUCAACGUAAACUGGGAAAGAGGAAUAAGCCUGGGAUGGAGGCUGCCAGCUCUCCAGAUUCUGUGAGAGGUCGAGGGGAAAAUAAAGCCAUCAACCACAAUGAUUUGGACAGAGACUUUUGGAAUAACAAUGACAGCAGCAACGUGCAACAGAGAUGGAGCUCCUACCCGCCGAAGGAGUUCCUCUUAAACAUGUCUCCCUAUGCUCCCUACGGAGACCCUCGCCUCACGCCCAAUGGGGCCGUGGAUAAGGGUGGGCAGUGUGGUGCUGGACCCUCAUCGGGGGCCAGUGACAGCGGGGGUGGUUCUUGCUCUGGGGCAGGGCCCAGUCGCAGUGACAGCAUUCGAAGCAUGGUGACGGGGGGCAGCAAGGCCGGUCGCUGGCAGAAGGUCCAGAGCCACAUGCAUGCCGGAGGCCUACGGUUUGGCAAUUUCGGGGACGCUUCCCUCUCGUCUGCUUCCACCCUGGAGCACAUCCCGUCCUCGGCCGUGGCGCGCCCUCGGCCUCUGGUCCGGCAGCAGAGCCUCCAACAGCCCCUCACUCACCAGCCCCCUCCGGGCCCAAACGACCCCCCAGUCACCUCACAGAGCCUGGGCCAGCUGCACACAGGCCCAGGUGGCGGGGGACACCGCGGGGGCCCGCGCGGGGUCCGGGGGAGUCCGGCUGGAACCUCCCGGCACAGAGGAGCAGGGACAGGUCGAUCGAGGUCAAAUCCUGGCAGCUGGGAUCACAUGGUGGAGCAGAUCCGCCACAGAGGGCUGGAUGUCAAGUCGUUCUUUGAGGGGAAGAUGGUUGUUCUAUCUCUAGCAAUCGGGCUGGCUGAACAGGAUGAUUUCGCCAACCUCCCAGAUCUCCAGGAAGCUCCAGCAAGCAUAGAGAACGAAACCACACCAGAAAAGAGGACUCCGGGUAACAAACCAGGCAGCAGCCCCAGAGGUCAGACCCCAGACGAGACCGGACGUCGCCACGAUGCCAACUCCUCUGUUUCUGACUUGGCCAACUCCGUCACCAGUGACAUGCUCAUGUUGUCUCCAGGUUCGGAGGAUGAUGACCACGAGGGUCAAGUCUGUGAGAAGCUGGGUCGUAUUCAGUUCAGCGUUGGAUACAGUUUUCAGGACUCCACCCUCACUGUCAAAGUUCUCAAGGGCCAGGAUUUGCCUGCUAAGGACUUUUCUGGCACCUCUGAUCCGUUUGUCAAACUCUACCUGCUGCCAGACAAGAAGCACAAACUGGAGACCAAAGUCAAGAGGAAGAAUCUGAACCCCCACUGGAAUGAAACCUUCCUGUUUGAAGGAUUCCCCUAUGAGAAGGUGGUCCAGAGGACUCUAUACCUACAGGUUCUCGACUACGACCGCUUCAGCAGGAAUGACCCCAUUGGAGAGGUGUCCAUCCCCCUCAACAAACUGGACCUGGCCAACAUGCAGACUUUCUGGAAGGAGCUGAAUCCAUGUAGCGAUGGCAGCGGGAGUCGAGGGGAUCUGCUGGUGUCUCUGUGCUACAACCCCACAGCCAACACCAUCACUGUGAGCAUCAUUAAAGCACGCAACCUCAAAGCCAUGGACAUUGGAGGCACUUCUGACCCCUAUGUAAAAGUGUGGUUGAUGCACAAGGACAAGCGUGUGGAGAAGAAGAAGACGGUGGUAAUGAAGCGCUGUCUAAACCCUGUUUUCAACGAGUCCUUCCCCUUUGACGUGCCUGCUCACGUGCUGAGAGAGACCACCAUAAUUAUCACCGUCAUGGACAAGGACAGGCUCAGUCGCAAUGAUGUCAUUGGAAAGAUUUAUCUUUCAUGGAAGAGCGGCCCAGCAGAGGUAAAACACUGGAAAGACAUGAUGGGUCGUCCUCGUAAUCCUGUGUCCCAGUGGCAUGCUCUCAAGGCCUGAGGGACCCAAGGACCAACCUGCCUACAGUGUUUUCCCCUCAGAAUUCAGCAUCAGCCCCUUCCCUUAGCACAUAUCCCCCAUAUUUCCUAACUGCAGUGUUGGGCUGCAGACAAUGUGUGUCAUCUCUUUGUUCUCAGGCCUCUUUGAUAUUCUCCGCCCUCAGUCAUCCCUAAAAUUUCACCCUUGUCAAGUUCCGAUUCCCACCUGACCCUUGUCUCAUCUCUUUUGUCAGAACUUAAAAAUGUCUUUGAUGUCUUUCCUCACUUCCUCCUUGUGACCUUUUUCAAUGAGAUUUUUCUUCAAGAUCAUUCUCAGUCUUUCCUUCACCUUGUCAACCAUUCCCAGUGUUCAACAACAGAGCAGUACCUCUUGCCACCCCUGACUAAAAACUACCAACCAAAAACGUAUCAAACUAAUAUUCCAACAAUUCUCUGUGGCGGCAAGACGUGUGCGUGUGAAUGGCACUGACCUGUGCAACCCAUUUAUUCACCUACAUAUGGUGUUGCAGUGAGGAAUCUUCCACUCUGCUCCUCGCCUCUUCGUUCAAGUCCUCUUCCGUUACGUCACUAUUCCUGCAUACCUUUAUUAAAAUGCCUGAAAAAUCAGGAAAACCGACACAGGCAAUGGAAGAGUGAUGGGCUGUAUUUUAAAUUAAUUUUUAAGUGGAAUUGGACUCUGUCACUCAACUCAUGUUUGAUCUUUUUCACUUUUCACUCUUUCUCUGGCACCACUGUAAUAAUUCUUCCUUGGCUGGAACCCUUUGUCGUCUGUGCGUGCUGUGGGUGAUGUGCUGUAACCCCAAAUGAAGUUCUUCGACAAAAAAAAAAAAAAGGAUAUGAACAUGAACGUUUAACGAUGGUCCAAUAGGGCAAGUGUAAAAAAAAGAAAUAUGUUCCAAUUUUUUUUUUUUUUUUUAAGAAAUCCCAAUAGACAGAAAAAAAUGAGUAACGUGAUUAAUGUUGUGUUUUCUUUUUGGAUUUUCAAAAGAACUUACAGAAUCAACCUGUUCUUCCAGACACAGAAAAUAAGCAAAAAGCCAGCUUCCAUGUGUGUGUGUGUGUGUGUGUGUGUCUGUCUGUCUGUCUGUCUGUCUGUCUGUCUGUAAAUAAGGGAGUAUUUUGCACAGCUAAAUAAGACUGUAGACUAUAAGACUAAGAAAUUGUUGAAAACAGCUCUUGAUAACGAUAAUGAAAAUAAGGUAUUGUUAGAAUUUGUGGUGUUGAAGUUAGCUGAAGACGUGGGGAGGUCACUGAUGUUAAAGGAUCAGUCCACCCAAAUCACAGACACAUAUACAGUAUUUACUAACAUACUCCUAGUGGUAUUAAGCCAGGCAGAUAGUUUCAGAUGUAUUUGUGGUGGGUUUGAUCUGCUGAAAUCACUGCUGCCACCCCAAAUACAAAGGAGAUAAAUAGGAUUUUUAUUGUGGGGCUCACUACAUUAAAAAACUCCACAGCAGCUUGUCUCUCCAGAAAUAAUGUUCAGGUUAAUUGCAUAAUCCAAAAAACCCUCAGUGAAUGGUUUUACAUUGGGACUGGGAGAAAUCGGUGAAAGCUGCUGACAACAACACCUAUCCCAAAAACAUUGAUUAUGAAACUUCCUGCGUAGCUUGAUAUCACUUGGGCUAAUUGUUCUUGUUCUCAUGACAUAAAAACCUAACUCUCAUGUUAUGUUUUUUUUUUCAACCACAUCUCACAGUUUUCCUCAGCAGAUGGAGUUUGCAGUUGAGUCCAAGAUGACCUGGUGGUAAACAGACUGCUCCCCUCCCACCCCCCACUCCCCACCCUCCCACUUGCACACAGUGGCCUUGCACCAAUACGCACCAAGGCCAAGACAUCUGUGAUGGCGCCAAAACACCCUGAGGAAAAUUAAAUCAUUGAAAGCAAGGACCGCACUGCACCGCCCCACAACUGGUUAGUUUUGAUGCGGUGCCACUUUGUGCAAGCCAGGAGGAGGACCCUGAGAUGCAGUCAAAAUGGAAAAGCUAGAAAGUGGACCUUUAGUUUAGAUUUCUUUUGCCAAAAUACACGCAAUCAUUUGUGAUUUGGGUAAACUGACAAUUUAUGAACGUGGGUAUUAAAUGACUUUGUUAUGAUUACAGAUAGUAAUAUGUUAAGUAAUCAGAGGUAGAUGAAAUAAAUAAUAAAAUAAAAACGCACUAUGCCUGUCACCCACAUUACAAUGUGUUUAUCUGCUGCAUAAAUUUGUGCAUUAAACCGGGAAUAGGCAUUACAGAAUACUAUAAGCCUUUUUUGUUUUUCAUUUUUACAGAGCACUAUGAGUCCAAGGAUAAUAUUAGACAUGAUAUUUAGUUUGUUUUUUGGGGGGUUGAACUAAGUACAAGUCAGUCUUACAGUUGUUUGCUUGAAUCUGACCUCCUCCAUGUCCCAUAUAGACAUUUAUGAAACAAAUGAGAGUAAUAAUAUCUGGGGGUAAAGUCUUUUUACAUUCCAUUGUUCGUUUUUGUCUUUGUGUGUGUAUGUGUGUGUGUGUGUCAAUAUUUGAACUUUAGUUUGUGUGAUUGUAUUUCCUGUGAGUCCCUCUGUGUGUGUAUAUAUAUAUCUGCACUGAGUUCUAUUUUGCCAGUUUAAUACAGAACAACAUUGUUUACCGUUUUUAUUCUGUAUGAAACAAUCCAGAUGUACAAAAAAAAUAUAUGUUUUUUUAAAAGUCGUCACUUCUUUAAGAAUCACUGCACUUGUUGACGAUGAUGCUGGAACAAACCUCUCUUCAUAGCGGGGUUAUUUUCUUCGGGUGUGGUAUGACGUAAAUCUGUUAUACAUGAGGUGAGAGUGAAGGUCAAAGGGGAAAUGUCACAAACAAGCUUUACAACAGAUGGAUAAAAACCUGUUUUCUUUGACCAUCAUACAUCAUUUUUUAUUUCAGACGGAAGCAGCUUCCAACAUUUUGUCCUAUCUGUCCUUCCGAUCUGAUUCACCAAGACCAAAAAAUGAAGGGUGGCACCUUAACAUCACAGCUGACGUGCCCCAAAACACCCCCGUCGUGCACACAUGCUUUCUGGCACAAAGUGUUCUGUGUGCCUUAUAAACCCUGCCACGCCUUUGCUCUUCACCAUAUGUGCUCCCUCUCCAAGUGUCAGGGAGGGGGGGAGGAAAAAAAAGGUGAGACAGGAGAUAAUCAUCACCUCUUUGCAUCACUGUUAGCUACAUCUCAGGUCAGAGCAUCGGAAGAUCCCAAAAUAACCAGGAACACAGUCAGCUGUCUGUCCUGAUGGCCCUGUGUGUGAAACAAGGCAUUAUUUACAGUAUUUACAUUCCAAAAGCUUAUUGAAAGUCACUUUAUCAAUGCAACUUGAAUAUUGGUUGAAUAACAGUCAGGGUUUGGUGUAUUUUAGUUUUAAGAAAUCAAACUAGAUUGUGUCAGUCUACACUCUUCACUGGCCAAAUACCAUAAACAUAUAUAGAUUUUACUGGAGAAGCUCACAUUUCUGAUUUAGGGCAUUCUCUUGGGGGACUGCUUGAUACAAAGAGAGGUUAACCAGCAACAUUUUAAUUUAUAUACUGUACAAAUGAUUGUGAAGUGUCCUGUAUGAAAAAAAGAAAUAAGAAAAUCAUCAGUAUUUACUGGGGUUGUUGAUAUCUGUCUGUCCUUGGUAUCACUCAGCCCCAUCUUUCAGUCCCUUUUCUCUUUGUAGUUACACAUCUGUAGGGUGCACAAUGUUAAAUAUCAACCAUUUAUUUUUUUGAAAUUUGUACAGUGUAUAUAAAAAUAUAAAUGUGUAUAUAAAACAAAGAUACUUCUGGUA